AGAUUUAAUGGUGAAUUAUUCGCGUAAAUUAAAAAUUAUCGGUUAAAUUGAAAAUUGAAAUAUAAGAGCAUCACUCUUAUUUUUUUUGUGUGUUAACUAGAAAUUAAAUCUACCUUUUUAAUAAUUAGACCAUUUUUUUAAGUUAGUUAAAUAAUAAACAGUGCUAAGUUAUUUAAAAAAAUGAGAUUCAGUAUUGAUUUUAGAAUUAUUAUUAGUUUAGCGGCUAUUUUAAAUAUCUGUUACGGAAAAUUACCUUCGUCGAUACCAACAUGUAAAAAAACAGAACCCAAAAUUAAUGAGUGUAUUACAAAUGCAGUUUACGCAGUAAGACCCAAAUUAAUUACAGGUGAUUUGGGCGAAGGAUUUUUAACACCACCAUUAGAGCCACUAGAAUUAGAUAAUAUUUCAAUGGGACGUGGGGCUGGUUUUCAGGCCGUUUUUUCCGAUUUAUUAGUAAAUGGUGGAAGUAAUUUUCAAAUUGAAAAACUUCAAUCGAAUAUAACUUCCUUGAAUUUUGCAUUACAAAUUUUAUUACCAAACAUUGAUUUUGUUGGGAAAUAUUCAUUAAGAAUAAAAAUACUUUUAAUCGAUGUCAAUGGGAAAGGUGACAUGAAAGGUUCCUUUAGUAAUGCACGCGGUAUUGUCAAAUUACGUGGUUCAACUUAUGAAAAAGAUGGUGCUACUUAUGUUCGUUUUGAUAAAUUAACAAUUAAAAUAUCAAUUAAGGAUAUGAAAUUACAAUUAGACAAUUUAUUUAAUGGUGAUAAAGUUUUAGGUGAAGUAGGAAAUCAAGUUAUAAAUAAUAAUCAGGAUUUAUAUUUAUCUGAAAUCAUACCAGGAUUAGAAAAAAGUUUAGCUAAGAAAUUUUUAGAUAUUGCAAAUGAUAUAACAAAACAUGCCACAUACGAUGAAAUGUUUCCACCAAAUUAAAUUAAAUAAUUUUUAGCAUAAGUUAAUUAAAGUUGUAUAUAUUAUGCUUGUAUAUUUAUAUCGAGGUUAAUUAUUUUACAUAUUGUGUUUAAAUUACAAUCAAAAGUUUGUGUUAUGAAUAAAUAAUUAUAUUUGUGAAAAA